AGACUCUCACGAACUCCCACAGCACGCGAGACCUUGCGACAACCUUGCGAGUAUGAUGUAGUGGUAAAGCUAUCUAUCUUUCCAGGCUGUCUCGCCUGCAGCUCCAAAUCCACGCAAAGCACUACAUCAAGCAAUGCGUUGUAUUCAUCCUUCCCAAUCCCAGUCGCUGGUAACACCAAGCAUGGAGGGCGUCUUACAGUGGUUGCGUGGCCAUCUAGCCAAGUCUCACAAGCUUCUACGGUUACUGCGAGAGCGCGCUUUCCGUCUGGCCUGCUUCACGUUAUUUCUCGCCGCAUUCCUCCUCUUUCUCUUGGCCGGUCUAUCUUCGCCAAUUAUCAAGUCAAUCAUGAUUAUCAGAGUUUCAGCAGUAAAUUCUGUUGAUCCCGUCACGAAUGCAGUCACAGAACUGCAAUUCGGAGUAUGGGGUGUCUGUGCAUUGAGUAUCCUUAACGGUGUCGAAGCACAAGAAGCAUGCUAUGGUCCACAGUUGGGAUAUACCGUUCCUACAACCAUUUUAUCCCUCGUUGGGCUCUCCCCUAAGCUUGCAAAUGUUGCAGAGGUGACCCUACUGACUAUUCUUGUGCUGCAUCCCGUCAAUGCAGCACUCUCGACCGUCGCCUUUGUGUUGUCCCUCUUGCUUCCCUCACACUUAAUAACGACAAUCGUACUUGUAGUCGCUACGAUCAUAGCAAUUGUUUCGACCGCUGUUUUUGCUGCGAACAUUGCUUUGGUCGUCGGUGUUAAAGACAACAUCGAAUCCCUUUUCCCUGAAGGCGACUUUACUGUAAGCUUUGGCAAUGGCUUGUGGAUGGUACUAGCGGCGGUGCUUUUGGCUUGGAUAGCAGUCAUCAUGCUGUCAGCACAGCGAUGUUGUUGUUGUAGUGUGGGUCGACGCCCCAAACCAAAGGUGUCCAAAUCAGUUAUAUCUGAAAAGAACAGUAUGGAGAAGAUCAUAUUCUAACAUGUACAAUUCUGCCAUGUCCGACAAGUUACGAAUACAAUGUUGACACCCGCAAUAACAAUUCUACCAAUAUUCUAUAUGUAUUCACCGCAGCAGCAUUUGUAUGACCAUGUUCCCUAUAAAGACUUACAGUUUCGGUGAAUGUUGGGC